UAUAUAUAUAUAGGCCCAACCUCUCCCUAGGCAGCCAGCAGAAUUAUAACUUUGCUAGAACACAUGAUACGCACAAUAUGCAGCCUGCCUCCUGAGGCCGGCUAGUUUUUGGUGCUUAAAACUACGUCGACUCGCUUGCUAAUUUGCCUCUUUACGGCCUCCCAGUCUCCAACAUUUAAAACGUCAAACUGCCCAUAAUGCCAUAACUAUUUUCCUCCAAGCUCGCGUUGUCUGAUAUAUAUUGCUCCUCCAAUUCAAUCUCGCAAGGUUCAAGAAAUGGGUCUUGAUCUCUACUCGGAAAGUUCGAAUACUGGUACGAGUCCUAGAAUUUCAUUUUCCCAUGAUUUUUGCCAAUCCGAUGUACUUGUACCUGUUGAAAGCCGUCAUCAUGAUCUUCGAUCAAACUCCUCGGGUUUGAGCACGAGCAUCGAUUUCGACUUCUGUGUUCAUCGUGAGAGUUUCGGUCAAGAAUCUUAUGCUGCGGACGAGCUUUUCUCCGAUGGGAAAAUUCUUCCCACUGAAAUCAAGAAAGAGAUCACUCCCAUGAAGCAAACGGAUGAUCAGUUCGGCUCUUGUCCUCCAUUGCCACCACCACGAGCUAUGCGUGAAAUUUCAAAGCAAGAGAGCGCCAUGGAAAGCAAGGGUGCAGGCCGUACUGAAGUGAAUCAUGAUCAAAAGCAGAGUUCCAAGUUCUUUUGGCGGUGUACGCGGAGUACUAGCAGCUGUGGUAGUGGAUACCGAAGGAUCAGCUUCUGCCCUUUACCACCCCUUUUAUCUCGGAGCAACUCAACAGGAUCUGCAGCAAAUCUCAAGCGACCCCCAUUGUCAAAUGAUGCUCAAAAUUCUAAGCAGAAUACUAGUACUUCUCAGAAGCAUGCAUCAAUAAAAGCAUCUCAAUCUUGGGCUUCAAAGGGUUAUCUAAAGAAGCCACCAUUGAAGAAAGGUCAUGGAUUAUGUGCCAAUGCUCAUGUUCCGAUUAGUCCUGCAAUUCUGAAUGUUCCUACAGCAUAUUCAUUUGGCUUUGGUUUAUUCUUCUCCAGUGGCAAAGAUCAUAAGAGCAGGAAGUGACAGACUUCAAUUGCUCUAAUUAAUGAUCUAUGGUAUCUACUUCCUGUCGAUAUUACUUUGCAAAUUGUGUGGAUUGAAUCGUUUUUACUCGUAUAGUCAUCUUGAUGUGUAAUUAAGAAGUUAAAAUAGAUGCAUCUAGAAUGUGGAGGAGUACUAAAGGGUUUGUAUCAAUAAGAAAAAUAGAUGAGAGACCUAUAUUAUAUGAUGGAAGGGACAAGCAAUGGCAUAAUUCAAGUGCA